AUGUCGAACAAGAUCACGGGCAAGAACCUGCACUACGACCAGUCGCUGCCGCCCUUCCUCGCCCGGCUCAAGGGCCAGCACGCCGUCGACUCCGACUCGCCCGACCCGAUCCUGGCCUCGCGCCGCCGACAGGCCAAGCCGCGCUCCGCCAGCCAGGACGCCGAGGACGCGCCCCUCAUCGUCGAUGACGAUGGCAACGUCCUCUCCGGUGUGGAGGUCUCUGCCGAUGGCACCGUCACCGCCAACCAAGAGGCGGGGUCAGGCGCUGGUGGCGACAGGGACGGGGACAACAGGGAGACAGACGGGGCCAGGGACGGCGGCUUAGAGGGCAAGGGCGCCGGUGCCAGGCGGAAGGACAAGGUCGCCACGAUCGGGGGCUCCAAGAAGAGGAAGCUCGGCAAGGUGGUGGGCGCCGAUGCCGAGGACGAUAAGCAGGAGAACCAUGACGUCACGAAACAGGAGAAGGACAGCCCGGGGGAGCAUCCGCAUCCCAUGACCAACAACAAAGCUGCCACAAAGGACAAGGUCACGGGGCCGGUCAAGGCGAAGAAGAAGGCAAAGAAGAUCAAGCUGAGCUUUGGCGACGAUGACGGCGACUGA